CAGAGGCUGAGUCCCAUGUAUAUGGUUCUUUUUGCAGAUUUCACCAGCGGUUUGAGUAUCACCACACCUGAACAGAGGAUCGAAAAAGCUAAAGGGGAAACUGCCUAUCUACCCUGCAAGUUUACUCUUGAACCCGAAGACCAGGGACCACUGGACAUUGAAUGGCUGAUAUCCCCGUCCGAUAACCAGAAAGUGGAUCAAGUGAUUAUUUUGUAUUCUGGAGACAAAAUUUAUGAUAACUACUAUCCGGAUCUGAAAGGACGAGUACACUUUACGAGUAACGACGUCAAGUCUGGUGACGCAUCGAUAAAUGUGACCAAUCUGCAGUUGUCCGAUAUUGGCACUUACCAGUGCAAAGUGAAGAAAGCUCCCGGGGUUGCAAAUAGAAAAUUUCUGCUGACAGUUCUUGUUAAGCCUUCAGGUACAAGGUGCUUCGUGGAUGGCUCGGGAGAGAUUGGAAAUGACUUCAAGCUAAAGUGUGAACCCAAAGAAGGUUCCCUCCCACUGCAGUAUGAAUGGCAGAAAUUGUCAGAUUCCCAGAAAAUGCCUACUCCAUGGCUAGCAGAAAUGACUUCACCGGUUAUAUCUGUGAAAAAUGCCAGUUCUGAGUAUUCUGGGACCUACAGUUGCACAGUCCAAAACAGAGUGGGCUCUGAUCAGUGUAUGCUACGACUAGAUGUUGUCCCUCCCUCCAACAGAGCUGGAACGAUCGCGGGCGCCGUCAUAGGGACACUGCUUGCCCUUGUGCUCAUCGGGGCCAUCCUCUUCUGCUGUCAUAAGAAACGCAGAGAAGAGAAGUAUGAGAAGGAGGUGCAUCACGACAUCAGGGAAGAUGUGCCUCCUCCGAAGAGUCGGACAUCCACCGCCAGGAGCUACAUCGGCAGCAACCAUUCCUCCCUGGGGUCCAUGUCCCCUUCCAACAUGGAAGGGUAUUCCAAGACCCAGUACAACCAAGUCCCCAGUGAAGACUUUGAACGCGCUCCUCAGAGUCCGACUCUGGCGCCCGCUAAGGUAGCUGCCCCUAAUCUAAGUCGAAUGGGAGCGGUUCCCGUGAUGAUCCCAGCACAGAGCAAGGAUGGGUCUAUAGUAUAGAACUCUGCACCUCUCUUCUCCGCUUUCCAUGGUUCGAUUCUUCUCUUGACAUAUCAGUACUUAUUCUAAAUUUUGUUAACAGUAGCCCAUGUAUAUGUAUGUGUGUGUAUAUGUGUAUAUAUACAUACUUAUACAUAUAUACACACACAUAUAUACAUAAACAUACACACACGCACGUGAAGAAAUUUAUAAGGAACAUGCUCCGUAAGAAUUUUUGGUUAUAGUAAAUAAUAAAGGCUGAAGAGUAAUGACAUUGACCAACUGGAAAUUUUAUCAAGUUGAUUUCUAAGGGCACCUAAACAAUAAUGCCCUUAUAUCCUAAGAAAGAUAUAGCACUUUGAGUAUGAUGUCAUGGGUCAAGAAAUUUGUGAAUUUACAGAUGUACCAAGUUGAUUCUUGAACCAUCUGAAAACGAUACUUUGUAGUUUCUACCAUUAUUUUUAGGGUAUCUGUCUCAUUUAUUUAUGUCUCUCAAAAAGAAAUCCAUGAAAAAACCUACUUAAUGUAAGAAUUUGUUUUUAUAGUCUGAAGUGUAUUCCAUUAUCUGUAAGUAGGAGACAUGACAGUGUUUUAAAAAUGUCUAGUUUUAUUUCUAAGUCUUUCACGAUCAUUGAUGACAAGAUUUCUUGUCUUUCUUUUUUUCUUUUGUUGUUUUGAGAUUGGGCCUCAGUGUGUUCGUUGCCUAGGCUGUCCUCAAAUCAUGAUCCUCCUGCUUCAGCUUCUUGAAUGCUGGGCUGACUAGUCUGUAUCAUUUCCUUAAGUAUUUAACCUAGAGACUACAGCAGCCACAGAAAGUAGUAACCUUUUGUGCACUACAAAAAGAAGCACCUUUCAGCUUCGGUAGCUUUUGCCCCUGCUACACAUAGAGGUGGAACACUUGAUGCUCCACGGGCCGGGGGAGGAGGAGGAGGAGGAUCGACGCGGAGGGUCUGCGCCUCGGGGCCUGUGGACCUCAGCAAAACUCUGACCAGGCAGAGUGGGAGUGCCAGGUUUGUCAGUCUGCAGCUAAACACUGGCCUUCUAUUUUAGGUGAUGGUUUUGCAAUUGGAAAGGAAGGAAGGAAACAAGGAAGGAAGGAGGUAGGGAAGGAAGGAAAACUGUUAAUUCUCUUAUCUGACAGUAAUGGAUGAGAAUUCUUAAAUUAUUUUUAAAUUUGUGUUUUUGUUUUGUCGUAGACCGUACUGCAUAGUUUAUGUUAUAGAAACAUAUAAUCUAGACUUUUGAUUUGGAGUGCGGUUCCUGGAGGCUAUUUUUCUCAGAGUCAAUGAACAAAUAUAUUUGAGGCAAGUUAAGUGUCUUCCACUAGUCCUGAAUUCCAGACUUGGGCAGUGUGCUUGGUGACCUGCGGCCAAACCUGCCUCCCUCUAGUGGUCAGAAAUCAAGUUUGAGUCUUAGUUUUGUGAAAGUGACUUACUCUUAAAAGAAAUUUAAAAAGGAGUAAAGGGAAUACUCCUAUCUGCCAAAUGUAUUAAAUAUAGUUUUCGUAGGAAAAAAAAAAGUGAAUUUAUUGUAUAUCCCUUAAGAUUGUGAGGGAGUGUGUGUAGAGUGUAAUGAGCCAGCAUUUUCUUUAUAGUAGAUAAGGUCUGUUAUAAAAGAUUUCAUUAACUAACUACAAAGCCUUUCCCCUAGGGAACUGGUCUCUGUUAAUCUCUUCAGGUGCUGUGCUUGUAAAUGCUACAUUAUAAAUUAACGUUGGCAUGCAUUUACGGUUAGGCAGAAUGUUGUGUAGCCUUUUUAAUGGUGAGUUUAAACCGAAUGUCCAUGUAAUGGAUUAGUGUACAGUUUUACAUAUUCGGAGGCAUUUUUUAAAAGUAGGUUUAAACCUCACAUAAAACUACUUUUUAUAUUUGUGUUGUUCUCAUCUGUGCCUUUUUAGGUAAUUUAAUUUCUACAGUGACUUUAUGGUGCCUAUGAGCUAGCUAUCACCUACCUGAAAGGUGCUUAGAGGUGAGGGUACUGUUUUCAAAAGCACAUCACUGUGGCUCCUUUCUCCCCCGAGUCUCAGUCUUGCCUUUUCUCCUCUGCUCUUUUUGAUGUCACUUAAGCGAUAUCAUUGUUUAUUAGGAUUGAAAAGACAUUCACACCCUCAGUACACUUUGGCCGUGUUUCUAGUUUAUAACCAUAGCCACGUUUGACUCUUAGAUGUUUGGCAUUUUUAUAAGAUAUUACAAGAAUAAAUUGGAAUGUAGAUCUUAAUGGUUUUUAGGUAAUGAAGAAGAUGCUAGGUAGAAAUUACUACAAAGGCAGAUGUGUGGAAUCUUUUCCUUUCCAUAGACUUUGUAUUUAUUGAAAGGCAAACAAAACCCAGAGUAUCCAACUAUCUUUAGUCCAGAUUUGUAGCAACUAUAAUCUGAAAGAGAAACUUGUUUAAAAACAAACAAAACAAAACACUGUGAAAACCAACAGGCCUGGAGGGUAUACAAUUAGCGACAUAGUUAAAUUUUAGGCUUUGGUCUGCAGCUCUUCUCAUUGAAGUCUCAGUUUACCCAAAGGUCAGACAAGUACUAGUAAUUUCCCCAACAAUUCUCACUGAUUGUAGUUGAACCAGGGAGCAAGUAUUUGCUCUGGAAGUCAACUAGUCAACAGCUCAUGGACUUGGUUGGUGUAAUCUUAUCUAGAGAUCCAGUUCAGGGCCAGCUCUGUCCUCACAGCAGAGGUUUGGAUCCCACUCUCUACGUGAGACUUAACACACAUGUUAAUGUUCCACGGGGUAAUCUGGAGAGAAGUGCCACCACAGAUUCCAUAGUCUGUGUUCUGAAUACAGAACAGCUAUGAGUUUUAUUAUUAUUGAUAACCUCAGUAGCAUUUUCCUGUUCGAAAGCCUCCCCUGCUGCUCAGUCUGGUGUUGAGUUCCAUCAUUCCCUUCCUUAACUUCGAGUUACCGACCAAGGAUUUGUUAGUAUGGAAACACAGACCGAGUGUGUUUACUAGGAGAAUCCGUAUAGAUUAUGGAGAUGCCUAAUUUCUGUUACAUGUGUGACUGUGCACAUGUAUGAUCCCAGAACUCAGAGGCACAGGAAGAUCAUGGAUUUGAGGCCAGUAGCCAGUUCAAAACAAGGCUACACUGAGAGCUCCAACACCUGGAGAUUGACCUCAGUGGUAUAGUAUUUUGACUGAGGUUUGACUCUAAGUUCUUUUAAGAAAUGAACUUCAGCCUGUGCCCUGGGGAUUAGACUAUAUGGAGAGGCAAGUGAACUUUUUGACUAACAAGAGCUCAGUGCAUGGAGUUGGCUGUUCUUUCCUGUGUGACUUAUUAAAUAACUACUGUCUCUGUGUACAGCAUGUAAAUUUGAAGCUAUGUGAAUGUUCGUAGGUUUCUGUUUUUUUUCUAAAAUAUUUUCAACAGUGUUUAGAGUGCUCUCAGCUGCCUUAUUUCAGUGUGAACAGAAAAUGUUCCUAUUUUAUGUGGUGAAUGCUUUAAAUGUGUCACUUACAGAAUAGUGUGUAGAAAAAGGCUGGCACAAUUUUAAGUGGUUUGCAACAUUAUUAUAUAUGUACAUAUAUGUUUAUAACAUUCUUGUGUUUCAUAGUAUAAAUGUUCAGGGCAAGUUUCAAUAUUUCAAAUGCCUCUGGAUAUUCCAGCAAUAAAGGCAAAAUGUUCUGCAGUCAAAUUUCUCGUUUGCCUACUUUUGACACUAAAAUAAUCUGUAUUUGAGCAAGGUUCCUUUUGAAAAUAUUACAGAAAGAGGGAAUAAAUACAUUUGUGAAUUGUGGUUUUUUUCUCCUUUAGGAAGGCCAGCCAUUUGUUUACCUUCCAGAACUUGACCCUAAGCUCUAAGUUCAAGCUUAAAAAAUAUGUCCCAGUUUGUAAUUUAGAGAUAGAGGCCAUCCGUUGAGCUUGGCGUUUAUUCAGACACUAACAAGUCUGCCGAAGUUGAGCUUUGGGAGUUCUGCUAAUUUGUCUAAUGACACAGGUGCUAAGAGGACCACAAUUCACCAAUUGACCUUUCUUGUUCCUAAUUGUGAAUUUUGGCAAUAAACACAGUUGUAUUAAGAAUACUAAUUUGACACCCACAUUUGCAAAGUAUUGAUAGUGUCAGUUUCAGAUCUUGUAUUUCAGAUAUCUGGCUUACAUACCCAACGAUGCAGAUUUUAAAGUUUGUAAGAACAACUUUGUUUAAAAACAGAAACUUGCUCUUAGCUUUGUGACCGUGUACUUUUGAAAUAAAACGAAGAAAGUCGUCCCC